UUAUUAUUCCGCAGACGGUGGUUCCCAAGUGAGGAGCAACCAGUCCGCAAAGUGCAAUUAACGGCGAUCGUCAAGCUCAAAAAAUAUACUCAAAUCGUUGUUAACUCACACAGAGUGUGCAUGUGUGUCGAGUCUAACUUUUGUUUGUUUACGGCCGCCGAGAAAAUCGCAAUCUAAAUAACAGAGAACGGGACCCAAGACCCGAUUUUUCGAUCAGUUGAGCAACGACACUCGAAGCGACCGGAGAAAAAAAAACACUUCAAGCAGCUGACAUUUAAGUCAUUGUUGUCCCGUUUCUUGUUGACAAAGGUGUCUAUUAGAAUGACUACUAAAUUCACUAUCAACGGGUUACCGUAUACAGUAAACCUAACCAAUCUCCCGCCGGACAUUACCUUGAACACCUUUAUCCGGGAGCAUGCCCAACUUACGGCCACCAAAUUUAUGUGCCAGGAGGGAGGAUGUGGCGCCUGCAUUUGCGUGGUUCGCGAUGGAAAGCGCAGCUGGGCAGUCAAUUCGUGCCUCACACUGCUGAAUACCUGUGCCCAGCUGGAGAUCGUGACCGCCGAAGGAUUGGGCAACCAGCGCACCGGCUACAAUCCUAUCCAGAAGCGGCUGGCCAAGAUGAAUGGCACCCAGUGUGGAUUCUGUUCUCCGGGAUUCGUGAUGAACAUGUACGGUUUGCUGGAGCAGAACGACGGCAAGGUCAGCAUGACGGAGGUGGAGAACUCUUUUGGUGGAAACAUUUGCCGCUGCACCGGUUACCGUCCCAUUUUGGAUGCCAUGAAGUCUUUUGCAGUGGAUAGCAAUAUUCAAAUCCCGGCAGAGUGCGCUGAUAUUGAGGAUGUGAAGCCCCGAAAUUGUCCAAAGACUGGGUUAGCCUGCAGUGGCAGCUGCCUUCCGUCCACUUUGGUCUACGCCGAUGAAACUCAGUGGCACUGGCCCAAAAACCUGACUGAACUUUUCGAGGCACUGGAUAAAGUUAAGGAUUCGGAGGAAUUUAUGCUGGUGGCAGGCAAUACGGCUCAUGGUGUUUAUAGACGAUCGACCGAUAUCAAACACUUUAUAGAUUUGCACGGAGUGGAGGAGCUGCAUCAGCACAGCUCCGAAGGUCAGCAAUUGAAGCUGGGAGCUAAUCUCAGUCUAACCCAAACAAUGGAAAUCAUUCGAACUACUUCUAAGCAACCAGGCUUUGAGUAUUUGGAGGUAUUAUGGAAUCACAUCGAUCUGAUUGCCAAUGUUCCAGUACGAAACUCUGGUACCUUAGCUGGAAAUAUUUCCAUAAAGAAACAACACCCCGAGUUUCCUUCGGAUAUUUUUAUAUCCUUUGAGGCAUUGAAUGUUAAGGUGCUGACCAUGAAAAAAGCUACUGAGGAAAAGGAAAUGUCUCUAUCAGAAUAUUUGGCCACUAAUGAUAGGAAACUGCUGCUCAAAACAUUUAUACUACCCGCUUAUCCAAAGGAUAAGUACAUAUACGAUUCCUACAAGAUCAUGCCUCGUGCCCAGAAUGCCCACGCUUAUGUAAACGCCGCAUUUCUUCUAGAAUUGGAAACCAACUCUAAUGUGAAGUCGGCUCGCAUUUGUUUUGGUGGCAUUCGUCCAGAUUUUGUACACGCCUCAGUUAUUGAGAAACUAAUGGUGGGGCAGAGCCCCUAUGAAAGCAAUAUGGUGGAGCAGACCUUCUCCAAACUGGAGGAGCUUAUUAAGCCAGAUGAAGUGCUACCCGAUGCCAGUCCCGCCUAUCGAUCCAAAUUGGCCUGCGGCUUGUUCUACAAAUUCCUUUUGAAACACGCUCCCGAAGCAGAAGUUGGCGAGAAGUUCCGCAGUGGAGGACAGAUCCUGCAGAGACCACUCUCCUCUGGGUUGCAAACUUUUCAGACCCAAAAGAAAAACUAUCCCGUCACCCAGGCGGUGGAAAAGGUGGAGGGCAUGAUCCAGUGCUCCGGAGAAGCCACUUACAUGAACGAUGUGCUGACCACUUCCAACACUUUGCACUGCGCAUUUGUGGGUGCCACAAAAGUGGGAGCCACUAUCGAUCAAAUUGAUGCCUCAGAUGCCUUGAAAGAACCAGGAGUUGUGGCCUUUUACUCAGCGAAGGAUAUAUCCGGUACAAAUACAUUUGUUGAGCCCAGUUUUGGUUUCGAGGCGGAGGAGAUCUUCUGCGCGGGAUUGGUUCGCCACUCUGAACAACCAGCUGGUGUAAUCGUGGCUCUAACUGCUGACCAGGCUCAAAGAGCCGCAAAGCUGGUGAGGAUCAGCUACAGCAAUCCAAGUCCCGGCUUUAAAUUGCUUCCGAGCUUGAAAGAUGUUUUUGCAACAUCCACUCCGGAUCUGUCACGCAUUAUUCCUGUAUCAAAAGAUGAUUCAAAGAAGAUCAAGUUCUCUGAUCAGCCAGAUAAAGAUGUCAGGGGUAUUUUCGAGAUGGGUUUGCAGUACCACUUCACCAUGGAGCCACAAACCACGGUGGCUAUUCCUUUUGAAGAUGGUUUGAAGAUCUUCUCAGCCACUCAGUGGAUGGAUCUCACUCAGGCUGUGAUUGCUCAUAUGCUGCAGGUUAAGGCAAAGGAUGUCCAGCUGCAAGUUCGUAGAUUGGGUGGAGGAUAUGGAUCGAAGAUAUCCCGUGGCAACCAGGUGGCCUGUGCCGCUGCUCUAGCUGCCUAUAAACUGAAUCGUCCAGUUCGUUUUGUCCAAUCUCUGGAGUCCAUGAUGGAUUGCAAUGGCAAACGAUGGGCUUGUCGCUCCGAUUACCAGUGCCACAUCCAGUCAAGUGGCAAGAUUGUUGGAAUGACAAACGAUUUCUACGAGGAUGCUGGCUGGAACACGAAUGAAAGUCCCAUUGAGGGUCACUCCACCUUCACGGCCACAAAUUGCUACGACUUGACUGGAGAGAACUUUAAGAACAAGGGAAAUGCGGUGCUCACAGAUGCCCCCAGUUCCACUUGGUGUCGAGCUCCGGGUUCUGUGGAGGGAAUCGCCAUGAUGGAGAACAUCAUCGAACACGUUGCAUUUGAAGUCCAGAAAGAUCCGGCUGAAGUGCGUUUGGCAAACAUUAAACCUGGAAACAAGAUAGCAGAAUUACUUCCAGAAUUCCUGACUUCAAGAGAAUAUGCGUUGAGAAAGCAGGAGAUCGAAGCGCAUAAUGCCAAAAAUCGCUGGACGAAAAGGGGCAUUGGCCUGGCUGUCAUGGACUAUCCUAUCUUUUAUUUUGGUCACUACCCGGCUACUGUCGCUAUAUACCAUGUGGAUGGAACUGUUGUGGUUACUCAUGGAGGCAUUGAAAUGGGACAAGGUAUGAACACAAAGGUGGCUCAGGUGGCUGCCUACAUCCUGGGAAUCGAUUUGAGCUUUGUGAAGGUGGAAUCCUCUGACACAAUCAAUGGAGCUAAUUCCAUGGUCACCGGUGGAGCUGUGGGCAGUGAAAGUCUUUGCUAUGCAGUUCGCAAGGCCUGCGAAACCCUGAACAAUCGAUUGCAACCUGUGAAGAAAAAUGCCACUUGGGUGGAAACCGUUGAGGCAGCCAACGCUGCGAGCAUUAACCUGGUUGCCUCGGAUCAUUACAAGCAGGGCGACAUGGAGAACUAUCAUGUUUAUGGACUGGCCUUGACCGAAAUUGAGUUGGAUGUGCUCACCGGAAACAGUCAGAUCAAAAGAGUGGAUAUCCUGGAGGAUGCCGGAGAGAGUUUGAGUCCUUACAUCGACAUUGGACAGAUCGAGGGAGCCUUCGUCAUGUGUCUGGGUUACUGGUUGAGUGAGCAGUUGGUCUACGACAGCGAGACAGGUCGCCUUCUGACCAAUCGCACCUGGAACUACAAGCCUCCGGGAGCCAAGGAUAUUCCCAUCGAUUUCCGCAUUGAGCUAAUCCAGAAACCCAAUCCAAGUGGAGCGGGAUUCAUGAGGUCCAAGGCAACUGGAGAACCUCCCUGCUGUUUGGCUGUCAGUGUGGUUUUCGCCCUUCGUCAAGCCUUGGAGUCAGCCCGUCAGGAUGCAGGGCUCCCAAGGGAAUGGGUUCGCCUAGGAGCUCCCACAACUCCAGAAACUCUGGUGGUUAAUGCAGGACACGAUGCAGCGAGCUUUAAACUUAAGUAGAGCUCCAAUUGGAGUGGUGUUUUGGUGCAUACUUUUAACUUUUUUAAACAUAUAUAUAUUUGAAAUAUAUACUUUAUUAAAUAAAUACUGAUUUAUUUUAUUUUGCAGUGCACACUUAGAAUUUAAUCGAAGACAAGAGUCAGAAUAAUUAAACUGUAUUAUCGUUUGCUAUCAGCGGGUAACUUUUAUCAUACAUAUGUUAGUCAUUUAUACGUGACUAAAAGUUUGUUUGGCUUUGUAUAAAUAAUUCACGUUUCUUUUCAUUACUUCAAAAUAAAGCGCAUGAAAAGAUGUAAUUUUACA